UCACGCAGUCUCUUUCCCCGGCCGCAAAACGACCGUGAGUGUUCAACUCACCGUUAUAGGAAAAAAAAAACUUAAAAUAAAAACGCAUAAAAAAUAUAAAAUCGACAAAAUCUAUAUAAAAACAAACGCAGCAAUACUUAAAGGAAACAUAAACCUAAAAAAAAAAUAGCAAAAUAAAAAAAAAAAUACACAAACAGAAGUGGGAUUUUUGAAGAAGUUUUCAAGGUUAAUUUUAAGAUUUGCGGAAGCUCCUAUAAUAAUCGGGGAAGACUGAGGCGCGAGUCAGAGCCGGUUUCUCUGCGGUUUCAGGACAGAAUUCACCAAUAGCGCAAAUAUAAUAAGGCCUAUAUUCGGGGAAGCUCUUUAAGAAAUGAACACGGCGACGGGGAGUUAUCCGAUGGCUUCUCUCUACGUUGGCGACCUGCACCCCGACAUAACGGAGGCUAUGCUGUAUGAGAAGUUCAGCCCCGCCGGACCGGUGCUCUCCAUUCGGGUCUGCAGAGACAUGAUCACCCGGCGCUCCCUCGGAUACGCUUAUGUCAACUUCUCGCAGCCCGCCGACGCUGAGAGAGCCCUGGACACCAUGAACUUUGACGUGGUGAAAGGGAAGCCAAUCAGGAUCAUGUGGUCGCAGAGAGAUCCCUCCCUCAGGAAGUCAGGCGUGGGCAACGUUUUCAUCAAGAACCUCGACAAGUCCAUAGACAACAAAGCGCUGUAUGACACCUUCUCUGCCUUUGGCAACAUUCUCUCCUGCAAGGUGGUGUGUGAUGAAAAUGGCUCAAAGGGCUACGCGUUUGUCCACUUCGAGACGCAGGACGCGGCGGAUCGUGCCAUUGAGAAGAUGAACGGCAUGCUUCUGAAUGACCGCAAGGUGUUUGUCGGUCGUUUCAAAUCUCGAAAAGAACGGGAGGCGGAACUCGGUGCCAAAGCCAAGGAGUUUACCAACGUUUACAUCAAGAACUUCGGUGAUGACAUGGAUGACGAACGCCUGAAGGAACUUUUUGAAAAAUAUGGUAAAACCCUGAGUGUGAAGGUGAUGUCAGACUCCUCCGGCAAAUCCAGGGGGUUCGGGUUUGUCAGCUUCGAGAAGCACGAGGAUGCUAACAAGGCUGUGGAGGAAAUGAACGGCACCGAGCUGAAUGGUAAGACCGUUUUUGUGGGCCGGGCUCAGAAGAAGAUGGAGCGGCAGGCGGAGCUGAAGAGAAAGUUUGAGCAGCUGAAACAAGAAAGAAUCAGUCGGUAUCAGGGAGUUAAUCUUUACAUCAAGAACCUUGACGAUACGAUCGAUGAUGAAAAAUUGCGCAAGGAGUUUUCUCCAUUUGGCUCCAUUACAAGUGCUAAGGUGAUGUUAGAAGAAGGCCGUUCAAAGGGCUUCGGCUUCGUCUGCUUCUCUUCCCCUGAGGAGGCCACCAAGGCAGUGACGGAGAUGAACGGACGUAUCGUUGGCUCUAAACCUCUGUAUGUCGCUCUCGCUCAGCGCAAAGAGGAGCGCAAAGCCCACCUCACCAACCAGUACAUGCAGCGUAUAGCUGGCAUGAGGGCCAUGCCGGCUAACGCCAUCAUCAAUCAGUUCCAGCCCACAAGUGGCUACUUCAUGCCUGCUGUGCCGCAGGCCCAAAAUAGGACCACAUACUAUGCACCCAACCAGCUGGCUCAGAUGCGACCCAACCCACGGUGGCAGCAGCAAGGUGGUAGAGGUCAAGGCGGUUUCCAAGGCAUGCCCGGCUCGCUGCGUCAGCCUGGACCCCGUGCCAACCUGAGACACAUGACUCCUAGCAGCGGUGCACAAGGCCCGCGAGGCGCCGGUCAGACCAUGGGUCCUCGUCAGUCAAUGGGUGUCCCUGGCCCCAGGGCCAUGCCUCCUUAUAAAUAUGCCACAAGUGUUCGUAACCCCAACCCCCAAGUGGUGCAGCCUAUUGCCUUACAGCAGGCUCAGCCAGCUGUGCACGUUCAGGGCCAGGAGCCCCUCACGGCCUCCAUGCUGGCUGCUGCGCCGCCUCAGGAGCAGAAACAGAUGUUAGGAGAGCGUCUGUUCCCGCUGAUUCAGGCCAUGCAUGCCAACCUGGCGGGAAAGAUUACCGGCAUGCUGCUGGAAAUCGACAACUCUGAGCUGCUGCACAUGCUUGAGUCACAUGAAUCUCUCCGUUCGAAGGUGGAAGAAGCUGUUGCAGUGCUGCAGGCCCACCAAGCAAAAAAAGAUGCCACCCAGAAAGUGGGUGGCAUGACCACUACCGCCGCUGCUACAUCCUAAAAAACUGGAGGCUGUAUUAACCUGGACUGCAAAAACCGAAGGAGGAUGAAUAGAUACACUACAACAACUUAAAACAGCCAAGUUAUAUCCGGAAUAAAUCGAAAAUGUUAUUAUGAAAAAAUAAAUAUAAAAAACUUUUAAAGAGAAUACAUUUUCUAGUUACAACAUUCUUUACAGUACUACAAUAAUGUGAAAGAGUUUUUUUUUCUCUAAAAGCAAAAAUCUUGCCCUUUAAUUUUUCUUGAAGGCUUCGUGUUUGAUUAAAAAAAUUCUCGGCUUCUCGGCCAUCUCAUGUUAUCAUGGGUGUGUGGUAUUAUCAAUAAAGGGAUGAUAAAUAUUG